GUUCUCGCUGCACCACUAUGCCCUGCUCCGAAGACACCCUCGCCGCCAUCUCGCCCAGCAAGCGGGCCCGGCCUGCGGAGGAGGGCGGCGUGCGGCUCCGUUUUGCCCGGCUCUCGGAGCACGCCACGGCCCCGACGCGGGGGUCUGCGCGGGCCGCGGGCUACGACCUGUACAGUGCUUAUGAUUAUACCGUUCCACCCAUGGAGAAAGCCCUUGUGAAAACAGACAUUCAGAUAGCCCUUCCUUCGGGGUGUUAUGGAAGAGUAGCUCCACGUUCUGGCUUGGCUGCAAAACAUUUCAUAGAUGUAGGAGCUGGUGUGAUAGAUGAAGAUUACAGAGGAAAUAUUGGUGUUGUACUGUUUAAUUUUGGCAAAGAAAAAUUUGAAGUAAAAAAAGGUGAUCGGAUUGCACAGCUUAUUUGUGAACGGAUUUUUUAUCCAGAAAUAGAGGAAGUUCAAGUUUUGGAUGACACUGAAAGGGGUUCAGGAGGUUUUGGUUCUACUGGAAAGAAUUAAAACUUAGGCCAAGAGUUGAAAA